AUGCUGAAUUCAAGGGAGAUUUCAACACCUGACGAUGCCAAUGAUAUAGGCUCUGAUCAUGAGACCAGUACUAAUUCUUCUGAUAUAGAAGCGAUGGAUGGGACACCAUCACUGGAGAUUGCCUCAGCAUCACCGACAAUAACUACACCAACAACAAAAUCAGAUACUAUAAAUCAUAGUUCCACUGUAUCAAAAACUGCUUCUAAUCCAUGUGAUAAUCAAGAAAGCCUGUUAAAUUUACUAAACUCUAAUUUUCUCGCUUGUUCUAUUUGUAAUACACGAAAUGGUGGGAUAAGGCUUCUACCAUGUUUACACAUAGCCUGCGACAAUUGUGCUUCGGAGUUAAUCACACCCGGUGAUGAUCAGAACAUGAGUACAAUAAUAAAAUGUGAUGCCUGUUGUACAGCUGGUAUUCAACUAAGAAGACAGUACAAUCCUCAAAGUAGUAAUGGUACUGAUGAGACAACAGAUAAUAUUAAUAAUAAUAAUGAUGAUGAUAAAUACAUAACAAUUCAACACUGCAAUAGUUUAGGCACAAAUUCUGAAUUCAAAGUGGAUGAGAAAGCAAUACAACAGUUUCCAAGUGUAUUAUUUAUUGAUAAACUUCGAGAGCUAGCUAAUUUACUAAAAAAGGAUGCAGUACAUAAAUGUGAUUAUUGCAUGUUUGAAAAUCAGAAUUCUGAAGCCUACUGCAGGUAA